UCCUUCUACAUCAUCAUCGUUUCAUAGACGGACGACUCAUCGAUCGUGCGGAUCUAUUUCAAGGACGCAUUUUGGGGAGCUCCCUGUUGUUUGUGUGUGUGUGUGGUUGGAGUUGAAGGUGUCGUCUUUGUUGUUCCUUUGAUCUUUUUGGGGAGGGAGGAAAAAAACGUUGCAGCAUGGCUACUUCUGUUGUUGGCGUGAUUGGCAAGAGCGGUUCUCAGUGGAUUCGGGUCGGAGACCGGAAGAUGAAGAACAGAGUCGCUAGGAAUGGUGGGGUUAGAGUUUCCUGUUCUUAUUCUUAUUCUCCUUCUUCUUCUUCUUCGGUGCUGGAUCCGUACAAGACCCUGAGGAUUCAACCCGGCGCUUCUGAAUCUGAGGUCAAGAAGGCCUUCAGGCAUCUCGCUCUACAGUAUCAUCCAGACGUUUGCAGAGGAAGCAAUUGCGGGGUACAGUUUCAUCGGAUAAAUGAGGCGUACGAUGUUGUGAUGAGCAGUUUGAGGGGCGAAUCAAGUGAGCAAAAGAUGUAUGAAUCAUCCUCAUAUGAACAAGGAGGUGAUGAGGAGCUCAGAGGGAUGAACGAUCCUGAAUGGGACAUGUGGGAAGAGUGGAUGGGAUGGGAGGGUGCUGGAAUUCGUGAUUACUCCUCUCACAUCAAUCCCUACAUCUAAAAAAUUAUCUGCAUCUUUCUUGUGUUUUGUUUUUCAAUCAUAUGAAUGGUGGCCCGCAUUUCACCCCCCACAAAAAGAGAUGGGUUCUUCUUGUGUAUGUAGUAGAAGUUGGGUGAUGGGGUCAAUUGUUCUUUGUACAUAUUAUGCAAUCUCUAAUGGAAGAAGUCCCCAAAGAUCAAAAUGAUUUGGGGUUAUCUUGUAU